GUGAGAAAAAUGACAGCCAUGCCUACAAAUUUGAUUUGUGCAUCUGUAAGUAUACGUGCAGCCAAAGAAGAGGAGUAUAAAAAGCAACUAGUAAAACCAGAGCAGCUACCUUUAUAUACUGAAUCACCUCUUCAGUCUAAAUAUGUUGAAGAACAGCCUGGCCAUUUACAAAUGGGCUUUGCUUCCCUUCGCACUACAACUGGCUGGUGCAAGGAUGUAUACGUAUUUGUGAAAAAUGAGAUAAUGGACACAGUAAAAUUUGUAAAAGAUGCAUAUGCUUAUCUGAAGAAUCCCCCUGAAGAUUUUCUUCCUAAAGUUGGAGUGAUAACAGUUUCAGGAUUAGCAGGCUUGGUUUCAGCAAGAAAAGGUUCUGGAUUUAAGAAAAUUUCUUAUCCACUGGGACUAGCCACUUUAGGAGCAACUAUUUGCUACCCAGUUCAAUCAAUAAUAAUUGCAAAGGUAACUGGAAAAAAGGCAUAUGCUGCAACCCAGAAAUUUUGUGAAGUUGUUAAAUCAUCGGGGACUAGAAUCAGUAAAAAAGAAUCACUCCCUGAAAUAGAACCUAAAGAAAAAAAUAAGGUAGGGAAUUGUGGUGAAAGUGAAAUACCUUCAAAGACAACUGAAGUCCUGAAAUCUCCAGUGCUUUUACCAACACAACCCAGCUCUGAAAGAAAGACCAAACCAGAACCUACUUCAGGUGCUACACAGUUUAUGCCUGACCCCAGUCUCAUGGAUCAUGGGCAGUGGUAUCCAGAAGACAUAGAUAUGUACAGCACUAGAAAUUGA